UAUUUGCUGAAUUUUAGCAUUUUAUGUUCUUUCAAAGAUGCCUCUAGGUGUAAAACCAAUAUGUACUGUUUGCAAAACUGUCACCUCUUCCAUGUGGCGAAAGGGAAAUGUAGGAGAGGUUCUGUGUAACUCGUGUGGCCUCAAACAGUUGAUGGGGGUUGUUCCUGGGAAAGAGCCAGAAACCGCCACAAACAACGCAAGCAACGGGAAAACGGGUAACGGGAAAGAUACUGCGCCAGGACCGACGUUACGAAAAAGUGCCAGGAUAAAGCCAGGAAAGAGCAAGACGCAAACUUAUACAAAGACUUUCGCCACCAAAGGGAAGAGUAGACGCGUUAUUUUCAAGAAAAACCCCAUCAAAGCUCCAGUUGCAGUUUCCACAGUAGUGACAAGUGACAGCGUGUUCUAUGAUGGAAUGUAUUAUCAGGUGGGUGACAUUGUGUCCCUGUUAGACCAUGGAGGAGAUGUAUUCUAUGCUCAGAUCCGAGGGUUUAUGCAGGAUCAGUACACAGAGAAAAGUGCUGUAAUCACCUGGCUUCUCCCUACUCAAUCCACUACCAAGGACAGCUUUGAUCCAUCCACGUAUAUUUUAGGUCCGGAGGAAGAGCUCCCACGGAAAAUGGAAUAUCUUGAGUUUGUGUGUCAUGCCCCAUCAGACUAUUUCCGCCCGCUGUCAGCACCAUACAGGACUUUAUCCACCCAGCCAGAACUCAGCUAUGUCUGGGCCCCCAUUGGUCCCCAUAUUAAGCCCACACCAGGCACAGAUGAAGUCUUUGGUGUUGACUCAAAAACUGUGAAAAUUACUCUCCCAACUGGAUGUGGGAAGAAGUAUAACAAACCUGCAAAAUUGGAUCGUUGACUGUGCU